CUGUUACGCAUGCGUCCGCGACACACAGAAUGUAAUAAAUAUUCGCGUCGCUCCAGCGCAUGCAGCUCGGGCUGCGCGUACAUCAGCAGUAGACUGCAGAGAUGACCCCACAGACAGUAGCAUUUUUAGGCCUCUCCCUGAGCCUGGGGCUGGUAGUGGGCGGUUUCCCUUCCGAGCAGCCCGAAAAUGGAAAAAACUGGGUCGUCAUAGUGGCUGGAUCCAACGGCUGGUACAACUACAGACACCAGGCCGAUGUCUGCCAUGCAUAUCAGAUUGUCCACAAGAACGGCAUCCCAGACGAGCAGAUUGUGGUGAUGAUGUAUGAUGAUCUCGCUCAAGCACCUGAUAACCCAACACCAGGAGUGAUAAUAAACAGACCCAAUGGAACUGACGUUUACAAAGGAGUGCUGAAGGACUACACCGGUGAUGAUGUGACUCCUCAGAAUUUCCUGGCGGUUUUGAAAGGUGAUGCUGCUGGUGUAAAGGGAGGAUCUGGAAAAGUGCUGAAAAGUGGUCCAAAUGAUCAUGUGUUUGUGUAUUUCACUGAUCAUGGAGCCCAAGGUCUGCUGGCCUUUCCUAAUGAUGACCUUCUUGUGGAUGACCUGAUGGAUGCCAUCAAGUACAUGCACACAAACAAUAAAUACAAGAAGAUGGUGUUUUAUAUCGAGGCUUGCGAAUCUGGCUCCAUGAUGGAACCUCUGCCUGUUGACAUUGACGUGUAUGCCACAACUGCUGCCAACCCUGAUGAAUCCUCGUAUGCCUGUUACUAUGAUGAGGCCAGAGACACCUACCUUGGAGACUGGUACAGCGUCAACUGGAUGGAAGACUCAGACGUGGAGGAUCUGAGCAAAGAGACUUUGGCCAAACAGUUCAAGAUCGUAAAAGCCAAAACCAACACCAGCCAUGUGAUGCAGUAUGGAAACAAGACGCUGUCCCACAUGAAGGUGAUUGCGUUCCAAGGUAACUCAAAAGCUCUUAAGGCAGCUGAGCCUGUGUCUUUGCCCAUGGUUACUGAACAUGACCUCAUGAGCAGCCCUGAUGUGCCUCUUGCAAUCAUGAAGAGGAAACUCAUGAAGACCAAUGACAUCAUUGCUGCUCGCCAGCACCUGCAGGAGAUCACAGCACAUAUGCAGGUGAAGGAACUGCUUGCUAACACUAUGCGUAAAAUUGUGGAGCACGUGGUGCAGGACCAAGAGGAAGUGAAAGAUUAUCUAGAGGGGCGUGAAGAUCUCACACAGUAUGACUGUUAUAAAACUGCCGUCAACCACUACAAGCAACACUGCUUCAACUGGCACCAGCAGGAGUAUGAAUAUGCUCUGAGACACCUUUAUGCUUUAGUCAACCUAUGUGAGGGAGGAUACCAGGCCCACAGAAUCACAGGGGCCAUGGACCAUGUGUGUUACUUCAGAAAGUAGAAAAGCAUGAACAUGAGUCACUGAGGGGAGUUUACCGCCGAUUAACUACUUUGCACAAAAGAAUCUGACUGUGGGAGAAAUCCGUAUCACACUGUGAUCUCAUGCUAGCCUUUGUAUUGAUCUUUAUUUUUUUAAAUGUUUUAUGAGGAAUCACACUUUUUAUAUCUAUGUAAAUGUUUUACUGUUGUUUAUUUUUGUUUUAAAGAAAGAAGUGUGCUUUAAGAUGCUGCCCAGUGACUCCUGACAAACUAGUUGGGCUGUAAACUUUGUUUUAAAUUCUUUUGGAGGGUAUUGGAAUAUCUGAUCAUCAAGAGACAAACAAUUUUGGCUAUAUAGUUAGUCUCCAGAAUGACGUGAUGACAGAAAAGUGCAUAGCAUAUUUACUAUGCAAAAGUUACUGUCGCCAUUGUUUAUAAAGUUUUUAUUGUUUUUUUUUGGAGAGUUUGGAAACGAAUGUCCUUAAAUGUCCAGUCAAUGCAUGUGGUUAAAUCCUUCAUAAUGUGAAAAAAUGCAGUCAAUAGAAUAAACAAAAUCUAAUUUAAUAAAAACACUAACUCAGAACUACACGUUUUCGACAUAUAUAAGGUGCUUAUUUGUUUUUUGUUUUUUUUUAAACUGUCUUUAUC